AUGGUGUUUUUGACAGCUACUCCAAGCAUUAUCUCCGCCGUCGAAGCUCUCCCUUUAACAGCACGGGAGGAGCUUUCUCUUGCCGAAGCUCCCGGUUUAAAUGAUCCUAUAUCUCAUAGCCAACUGAUAUCAAUUGCACGGAGGCUGUCUGCUCGUCCAUCCAGAUCGACAGAUAUAGAUGAAGAGGACAAUGUCGGGGUACCGGUUGAUACUGCGACUUGCGAAGGCAGCAAGUAUACAUUGAACAGCCUACUCCGUGGAACAAAGCUCUACAUUCCUCCCCCGCCCCCCAAGCCUGCGCCAAGCCCGGAGUACCUUGCCCUUAAAGCGAAAUUGCUGGCGGAAGCAGAGCAGAACCAAUAUAACUCCCUCCUACACCCUCUCUCCGAAUCAGAAUCGAAACGUCAGCCUGCCGCAAUAUUUGCAUCAUCCUCAAGCCGGACACACAAUGGUGCUAAGCCGUCAGUCCUUAUGGAAAAUGACGAAUCUGACCCCAUUACCCCUUCGCUGGUGCUGAAUAUUCUCGUCUCUAUACUAUUUACCGGAUUUGCUACCUAUUGGGGUCUGUCUAAUUUCCGGAUACCAAAGCUAUCUACAUUAUUACCCUGGUCGGAACGCCCUAGCUCGCCAACCAAUGAUCCUCAUACCUAUUAUUAUUAUCCUCACGCCCCUUCUUCGCAACCAUUUCGGGUGUUCGUCUCUCUAUUUGUCGGGAUAUUGGUUGGUGUUGCUGAAGUGGUCGUUUAUGCCUCCUACCUUCGGAAGGUAGAAAAUGCAAAGGCAAAGGAGAAGGCCAAGGUUGAGAAGAAGGUGUUUAUUGGGCUAGUUGAAGAUAAUCCUCGUGAUGAGGACCGGGAUCCAGCAAAGUUAUCUACAUCUGUUUCGUUUGAAGAUGGUGAGAAAGAGGAGAUAUGGGGUAAAGGUAUCAAUGGCGGAGCUCGAAGAAGGGUCCGUGAGAAAUGGAGAGAGAAAGAGAACAGGCUGGAACAGGAGUAA